AACUGAUUCCACGAAGAAAUUGCGGCUGCUGUUAAUUCGUAAAUUCAUUUGUGCGAUUAAUUUUGAUGAACACGAAACGAGUUAAUAGUCGAGAGAAAAAAGUGUGCUGUGGCAUUAAGUGGAAUAAAAUCUAUUAAUUUUUUGCGAAUCGGUAUGAUGAACUAUCAUCAGUCUCAGUCUCGAUCAUCGCGUAUCAAGUCAUUGCCACGAAAUGAUGACUCAAUCUAUUGCUCUGCGAUCGAUACAUUAUCAAAUUCAAAUGUAACCGAUAUGACACGAUCAUCGAGUCGACAAUCAGUCAGUGCACAUUCACGCAAUUACAUUGAUCCGUGGGAUUUGGAAAAUUAUGACUACAUAAGAAGCAUGGAAUCCAAUGAGUCGAAUCCCACACCAAAUUCAUUUCAAGAUGAUAUAUUGAAUCCAUAUUAUUUAACAAACAACAAAAUUGACGAUUGCCCAUGUUACGCAGGUUUGGACGAGCAAUUAUUUUACAAUGCAAAAUACGAAAUGAUUCCGGACGCUUUCACAGAUAUGGAAGACAUAUCAUCAAACUCAUGUAGUGGAAGUACAGUGUCGACACUUCGGUCUCAUCCACAGAUACAUUUUCCACCGCCGCCUAUGCAAGCAUCAUCUGCGUACGAGUGCUAUGCAAAUGUGGUUGUACCGAAAAGACGUAGCAUACCAUUCAACAAUGAAUCGAUCAGUGUGUAUCACGAUGUUUUGAAUGAUCAAUUACACGAAACACCACCAAUUCAAUAUCCACAACCACAAUAUUAUUAUGAUCAAUAUGGUGGUUAUGAAUGUAUUGAAAUGCAAAAUAUGCCAGUAUACUAUGCGCCAAGCAAAUUUCGCGAUGAUUAUGAUAUAUACAACAAGAGACGACACCUGGAACGAUUUGGACUGAGUAAAAAAGGUCUGCUGCAAAUUGACUACAGCGUUAGUUGGAUGAAUCUACAACGGCUCAUAUCGAGCAAAUGAUCAACACGUAUAAACGUGUUGUAUUUCAGACCAAAUGCACGCUAAAACCGAUGAAAUUAAUAAGAUAUUUAGUCAAGUAGAGGCAUUGGACAAUAUUUUAACAAAACACUAAACUGGCAUUAUAGUUAAUAUUGCAAUAUUUUUUUUGUAAUGAUAAUUUGAUUAAAAUGACACAUUGUAUUGCAUAAAAUAAAAUAAAAUAUACAAUUUCACAUUU